CGGUAGAGCGCUCGCCUAGCAUGCGCGAGGCCCUGAGUUCAAUCCUCAGCACCACAUAAAAAUAAAUAAAGGUAUUGUGUUCAACGACUACUCAAAUAUAUAUAAUAUAUAUAUUUUUAAAGCUUAAACAGUACUGAUAACUUAGGGACACAGGAAAAAAACAUUAAGCAUUUUGCUCAGCCUGCAAAGGAUCAGGUAUCACUAGGGCAACAGAUAUUUUUUUAAGGGUCUGUUAUUUGCCUGAUCUGCUGGACCUAGUUUAUUUACAAAGCUUACAUUGUACUAGGUAGGGGGAUAUACAAUGGAGUAGUCAGUCAACUGAACAAGCUACAGACUUGGGGGAAAGGGUUACCGAGGAGGAAAUAUAAUAGCAGGGAUGCACCCCCCCCCCCCCCCGUAGGAUAUAGGUCCAGAAAAGGCUCUUUUGAGAUGGCUUACAAGGGGCUGGACUUCGGUGGUGAGUAAGGGGAGGGAGGGGAGAAGGGGCUUUCUGGUCUUGGGAGCCAAAAGCAGAGGCUCUGAGUCUGCAAAGUGAAGCCCUUGGCCCGCUGGAGGAAUUGGAAGCCGACCAGUCACGAGGAGGAGAAAGGCAAGGGACCCCUUUAUGCCAGGCAUUUUCACCCUGGAAAGGAGUUUGAUUUUUUCAGUGUAAGGAGCCGCUAUUAAAGAGUUUGAAAUGUGGAAAUCAUUCCAUCUGAUGUUUGCAUAAAGUCAUGUUUCCUAAUCAUCUGUCUUCACCCGAUACUGUGCACUACUUCCCCGUGUUGCUAAAGCAACACUGUGGAACUGGAGAGACCGCUCGCUGCGGUCACUCCACAGCCCGAGAAGCGGCCCACCCGGGGCAGGCUUGGCUCCCGGCCUCGGCUGCAGGUAGGCUGCCGCUCAGGUAGGCUCCGACAGCCGCGAUGUCGCAGUGGGUGAGCGGCACCCCCGCCCUGAUGGCGCUGGAAGGCCGGCCCUUCGGGGCUGUCUCCGGCCGGCACCGCUGCGCGCGCCCGCGGCCCCACCCGGCUCGGCGCCGGCUCCCUGACACCUCCCCGGCGUCCUCCGCGCCGGCCGCGCCCGCACCGACGUCGCUCCCGAACGGCUCGGGUCCCGGAGGCGAGGCGCUGACGCCCGGCGAGCGGGACGGCGGAACUGACGCCGGCGGGCUUCCGGGGGGCGGCUCCGGGGAGCGCGGCGGCGGUAGUGGGGAGCAGCGGGAGCGUCUGGGGCCGCCGGCAACGCAAGUUCCGGACAGGGUCCCCUCUCCUCGCCUCACGCCUCUCCUUUCUCUCGCCUGAUCCCGGGCUGUCUCCCGACCGCGGCCCUUCCGGCCGAGCGCCUUCGGAGUGCGGUAGCGGAGGGGAAGCCAUCCUCGUCCCCAGCCUCGGGGCCGAGUGAAGUGCCUGUCGCGCCGCGUCGCCCCCUCGCCGCCUCCUCGCCCCUGUGGCGGGCGCCGUUCUCGCCCCAAGCACUCCCCCCAGCUCCAUGAAUGGAAAUCGGCUCCGCAGGACCUGUUGGGGCCCAGCCCCUACUCAUGGUGCCCAGAAGACCUGGCUAUGGCACCAUGGGCAAACCCAUUAAACUGCUGGCUAACUGUUUUCAAGUUGAGAUCCCAAAGAUUGAUGUCUACCUCUAUGAGGUAGAUAUUAAACCAGACAAGUGUCCUAGGAGAGUGAACAGUCUAUGCACGAGAGCAUGAUGGAGUCAAAAGACUUGGUACCAGAAUGUAGGAAGUGGUGGUUGAGGUAAGAGUGGGAAGGUCGGCUGUAGCUCUUUAUAAGAC